AUGGGUGGUGGUGGUGCUAGUGUUAGAGAUAGCAAGCCUGUCUCACAAAGAGGGUGUGUGAAGUGGAAAACCCUAACUGGCCAGAGAGUAGCCUCACGACAUUCACGCUUCCGCCCUCCUCUCUCUUCUCUCAGUUUCUUCACUUCUUCUCCCGAUAAGCUUCCGGCUCACACCAGUAUGGAUGGGAAAGGAUCCGCUUCAGCAAGUGGUAGUGCGCUACCGACUGUUGAUUUGAAUGUUCUACUUGGGAGGCGUACGCUGAAUAAGUUCUUAGAGACAGAGAAUUCCUUUGAUAAUAAUAAAAUCACUCCCAUUUAUCAGAGAAUUUUUAGAUCUCUCAUUGGGGCUAUUUCUGAACUCGAGUCAAGAGGGAUCACUCGUGGUUACCUCCAGCCCCAUCAAAUCAUGGUUGGUGGCCCUUGUGUUGAGUUUAUGAAGGCUUGGCCGUUACCUAGACCAGAGGAGGACAAUCCGACCGCGCCUACCUACAGAAAGGAGUUUGAUUCCCUAGUACGGAAGAUCCUUGGUGAACGAGACUUCUCGAACUUGGAGUUGAAUCAUUUUCUCCACAUCACAGCUUCUGCUGCUUCUGGACAAGAGAGUUUAUUCAAUUUUAGGCAACUCCAAUGGCAUCCAAUACUGUUGUCAUCUGCUGAAUUGCCCCAGUUAGUAUACCAUCUGUUUCUUCAUCUCGACAUGAUGGGAACAUCAAGCUGGAAAGAGGACUUCAGACAGAUGAUACAGAGGGAUGUUGAGGUUAGGGGCACAGUGCUUGGGGUGGAUUACUUCUCAGAUGUUUACAACUUGGAAGGACCCCAGUACUAUGAAGAGAAUGCACUGGGGGCAUUCCUGUAUUCUGCAAAUGCCAUUUCGGAUGUGAACGGUUAUAUCCGGAAGGCCUUCAAGCAAUAUAUGAAAGAUGAGGAAAAAGGGAUGGAACUUAUGACAGUGGAGCAAAUAUUUGAUGUGCUUAUUUCCUUCUUCCCGCACAUGCUUGUUGAUGUGUAUGAUUUCCUUGUAAAGAAGGGCCUUCCAAUUGACGACGUACUUUGA